CACCGUCAUACCCCCCCACCUCUCACACCCUCACACACACCCUCCCCUCUUUCACACCCUCAUACAUUCCCCCGCCUCUCACACCCUCACACAUCGUGACCAUCGACUGCGCGGCUGGGGUGUGAGUGACAAACAAACAGGUGAAACGGUUGUCUCCCCCCAGCGGACGGCAAGGUCGCUGUCUGUGGAACUGUGGUCACCCGCUGGCACUGGCAUACAAACCAUCUGUGUGUGUUCUUCUCUGGCUAUUUAUACACGACUUCGUCUUCCAUCCUGCCAGUAUAGAAGGCAAGACUUUGGCGUAGAGAGAGAGCAUAGGCAUUUUUGCUCCCAGAACCAGUGAUUCCGAGGGCAGCAACAACAUCGUGAGUAAUAAACUAAAAACAUUUUGGCUCGCGAAUCAGACGUUUACGUAGGUCCAUCAUACGAAGUGGUUUUUACCUACAUUGGCCAGUAAACAUUAGCCCCUUACAAUUUUGUAUUUAAUUUGCCACUGGGUGAAAUUCAGUACUCAUCGGUGUAAAGAUUAUUGUGACCCCAGAGCUGUGUGUACUGUUGAUUAAAGAAUAUUGUGAAUAUUGUUCUCUGUUUCUUUUGGGGACGUGGCAAGAGCAGGAAAAAAACAAUUAAGCAUUCUAUUUCAAAACAUCUAUCUCGCAGUUUCUGUUGCUCCUCAAGACCCUGAUUUGAAAGCUCUUGGCAAGCAUCGUUACCGAUUCUCAACAAGUAGUGACCUUGAAAGAAGAAAACUUUUAAAUGCAUGUAUUAUAUUCUGGCGGAUAAACAACUUUGACAGCACAAAAUCAUGCUUGUCGACGAAUAGAGCCUUAGACCGGAAUUCUUGAAGGACACCAAUCUUGCACAGAAGUGAAUCUUUUUACCGAUUCUGGUGCCGUACUCAAUUCUCACCACGGUGGAGAGGGAAGGGUUCAUCUGCGCAGUGUUGUCAGUAUCAUUUGGAAAGACGGAACGUCGGAUCCUGUUCCUUGGGGUUUCGAACUCUCUGCCUUUGAACAACAUUUCCAGAAACCUCCCUGCAAAAACACAUGAAACAGUUUUUCGCCGGUGUAGUAUUAUAAUGUGAUUUUGGCAGGAAGCUGAAAAGCAAAAGGGUUCCUACCAAACACGCUUACGUCACAGUGUCACCUCUGCAAUAAGGUGUGAUUUUCGAAGGAAGACGUGUGUAAACAAAAUCAUUUGACUGUUGGAGGUUUUAAUCGGGUCAGCAGAGUCGGGGCGAGGAGAGAGACAGUGUGUGUGUGUGUGUGCGUGUAUGUGUGACGUCGGUUGAUGGCGUCACGAGUUCAGGAGAUGGAGCCGGGGAUGAGCGGCCCGACCGACACCAGCGUGAGCAGACGAAACGUGACCGGGCGCCACCACGCGGGGAACUUCAACAACGAACACUUGAGCAUGGCUGACUAUCUUAUCACUGGAGGGACUGGAUAUGUUCCUGAUGAUGGCAUGACUGGACAUCAGCUGUUUGGCUCUGGGGAUGGCCUCACAUACAAUGAUUUCCUGAUUCUUCCUGGCUUCAUAGAUUUUGCUGCAAAAGAAGUGGACUUGACCUCAGCACUUACCAAGAACAUCAGCCUGAAGGCUCCACUGGUCUCCUCCCCCAUGGACACUGUCACAGAAUCCCAGAUGGCUAUUGCUAUGGCGUUGUGCGGAGGAGUGGGAGUGAUUCACCACAACUGCAAACCUGAGUUCCAAGCGAAUGAAGUACGAAAAGUGAAGAAAUAUGAACAAGGUUUUAUCCUGGACCCAAUUGUCAUGUCCCCUAAGCACACUGUGGGCGACGUUGUGGCUGCAAAGAGGCAGUUUGGCUUUUCUGGCAUCCCGAUCACCACCAACGGCCACAUGGGGGAGAAGCUGGUGGGCCUGGUCACUCAGAGAGACAUUGACUUUUUGAAUGAGUCAGAGCACUCCACUUGUCUUGCAGAUGUCAUGACUGGUGUGGAAAAUUUGAUUGUGGCUGAGGCUAAUGUGACUCUGAAAGAGGCAAAUCAUAUUUUGCAGAAAAGCAAAAAAGGAAAACUUCCCAUUGUGAAUGACAAGGGGGAAUUGGUCUCCCUCAUUGCUCGCACAGACAUGAAGAAAAAUAGGGAGUUCCCCCUGGCUUCUAAAGAUGACAAGAAGCAGCUGAUUGUGGGUGCAGCUGUGGGAACUCAUGAAGACGACAAACACAGGAUAGAGCUACUGGUGAAUGCUGGUGUCGACUUCCUGGUGCUGGACUCAAGCCAAGGAAACUCUGUGUACCAGAUCAACCUUAUCCGCCACAUUAAACAGAACUUCCCAAGCACACAAAUUGUUGGAGGCAAUGUUGUGACUGCUGCCCAAGCCAAAAACUUGAUAGAUGCCGGUGUUGAUGGACUGCGUGUGGGCAUGGGCAGUGGCUCUAUCUGCAUUACACAAGAAGUGAUGGCUGUUGGUCGUCCACAAGGCACAGCUGUCUACAAGGUGGCUGAAUACGCCAGACGUUUUGGCGUUCCUGUGAUAGCAGAUGGAGGAAUCUCUUCUGUCGGUCACAUCAUCAAAGCGCUGUCGCUUGGUGCCUCUACAGUAAUGAUGGGUUCCAUGCUGGCGGGUACCUCAGAGGCUCCUGGUGAAUAUUUCUUUGCCGACGGUGUUCGCCUGAAGAAAUAUCGUGGCAUGGGGUCUCUGGAUGCGAUGGAACAACACAAGGCCUCCCAGAGCAGAUAUUUCAGUGAGAGUGAGAAGAUCAAAGUUGCGCAAGGCGUGUCUGGCUCCAUCGUUGACAAAGGUUCCAUCCACAAGUUCAUGCCCUACCUUAUCGCGGGCAUUCAACACGGAUGCCAGGACAUCGGAGCCCGAAGCUUGUCUGUGCUCAGGGCUAACAUGGACAAAGUACGCGCAGUCAAGUGCAAAGCUGAAGAUGCUGUUUGCUGUGAGAUCCAUGAUGUAUGGCGGGGAAUUGAAAUUCGAGAGGCGAACAACGUCAGCUCAGAUAGAAGGGGGAGUCCACGGCCUUCACUCGUAUGAGAAACGCCUCUACUAAACAACAAGAGUGGAGACUUCUUACAGGUCAUAUGGCACCACUCUACACAGCUAAAAUGCCACAUUGCACCCAAGGCCAGGGUCGUCUGUUGGCGUCAACUUUCAAUGUCCAGAUGAGGAUUAAAAUUCGUUUAUCUUCUUCUUAUGGCCGUCUCACACAAUGCAAUGGCAAGCCCUUCUUCUCCACUGCCAGACCUGGGAUGGUUUCUUGCUCAAUUCUUCCAGCCUUGGCUUGUCUCCUCAAGUGUUCCAGCAUUGACUCAUCUCCUUUUCUGUUUCACUCGUCUGUCCCCAUCUUUGUCACUGUGCCGGUUUAUCUGAAUGGUGGGGUUUUCCCCCUCAGCUCCUUGGAGAAUUUUGGGAAGGCCUUUUAGAUGUAAACUGGAGCUGUGUUCAGCUGCCAGGGCUUGUCGUGCCCUGAGAAAUAAAUGUUAGCAGUUUGAUGACCUAGUAAGGCCACAGGUGUUUUUUUUUUUUUUUACAUUCUUGAUCAUUUUUUAAUUCUAAUGUCAGUUUGUGUAUCGGGUAUUCUUUGUUUUUUUGUUUAAAACAGGAAUUGUAAGUUCUGUUUCCAGUCCUGCCCUUUUGCUGCUGCCUCCUUCAACUGUUUAUACUGUCUCUUAGUCUUUGUCCUUGUUUUUUU